AUAUAUGUACACAUAUAUGAUACAGGUACCGCUGCUGCGAAAUGAUCCGCUUGCAGCACUAUCUUUGAAAGGCAAAUGUGUUAGUGUGCAUCCUAGUUAGUCUAUAUACUAACUAUUCAAUGACAGGGGUGUACUUGUGGAAUCAUCUAUGUGGUUUGAUCGACGACUUUAGUUUCACCUGAAAUCUAGUGCAAUGAUACGCUUAGGCCAUGGCCUUAGGCACUUGGCAAAAAAGUCGUCCACAAGUCUCUUGGGAGGUGCACCUCCGUUCAUGCCCCAAUUCAAAUCCUCUCAGUUGCUGGUACGAGUAUGCACGAAGAGUUCUGUGAAUCUUCCGACAACAUGGAGCUGCUCAAAGGCCGACACUGCGGCAAGGAUAUAUAUAAACACAAACAAUACGGCAAGAUCUUACACAAGCACUAACAGUGCGCAAAGAAUUGUACCUCGCAGUCGUCUUCCAGUGAGUGGCGGCGGUUUAAAGGCACAAUGUGGGCUGGUGCAUGGGGCAUUCACACCUACUUUUUAUACAGCCACUCACAUACCCACUCGCACAUAUGUGCGUCUCCCCUACAAUGCACUAAGCUCACACCUCAGGAACAUAGGAAUGAAUGCACAGGUUGCACCGUCUAUAUAUUUUAAGAACGUCAACUACUUACCAGGAGACCUGGCGUCAAUUAGGGCCAAACAUACUUCAGCCAAAACUCACACCAUACCAAAGGAUUCUGCAGAGGACACUGCACCGGAUGUACACUCAAUUAAGGCGCACAACGCAACCACACAUCCCGCUAGUGACACCGCGGGUGGCCAGAUAUCAGAUUAUGGUAUAAAGAGCACAGCAAGUUCAACAGAUGAGAGUGUGACAACGAAAGAUAAAGACAAUGGUGUGAAUAGCACAACAGCAGACGAGGUACUGGAUGGCAAAGAAGAGCUGCGCAACGAACGCGAUAACGAGCUGGUGGAAACAGCCGAGCAGUUUCAUCAGCCACUGGUCAUGGGGAAAGAGAACCCCCUCCUACACCAUCGCUGCCACUCACGCUGAUGAAGAGCCUAGCAAGGGAUUGCAAGGUGAGAAGCCGCCGACCGCAGAGGGCGUCUUAAAAGCAAGAGCCGAAGCAGCCAGUGACAGAGUAGACAGCCGAGUAUGGCCUAUUGCAACAGGUACUGCGCUGAUGGGCAUUGCGAUAGGAGUGGUGCUACCUGUACUUCCCGGGCUGACUCGGGAAUUGGGACUCAACUCCACCCAAUUCGGCAUGGUCAUCAGUAUACUGGGAUUAACGCGAUUGUUCUGCAAUAUUCCUUUGGCUUCCAUAGGAAAUCGCAUGGGACGGAAAAGCCUUCUGGUUGCUGGGCCAGUGCUAUGCUCCAUCUCCAUGUUCAUGCACGGCCACUCCUAUUCCUUUGAACAGCUGAUGUUUUGGCGGUUUGUCCAAGGUGCUGGUAGUGCGAUGAUGAUGAUGGGUGCGCAGCUUCACUUGGCCGACAUUUCGACCAAUCGAAACAGAGCCAGAACGAUGGCACCAAUGUCGGCUGCGUGGUCGGCUGGAGUGAGUUGUGGCCCUGCACUGGGAGGCUAUUUGGCGGACAGUUAUGGUUUUCAAGCACCGUUCAUGUUUGUGGGGAUGGCCAUCGCUGUCGUCGCUCUGAAUAAUGCGCUGAGGAUAAAAGAAACGAGCACAGUCCAGCGCCUAGAAACUGGGAUGGAACUGGCGAAGCAAAUCGGAUCUGACAUGCGCCGUACGUCUACGCGGUGGACUGUGCUGAUGCGCGACUGUCGCAACACUCGCGCGGUGCUGAUGCUGCACAGCACUUUCUGGGCCACGGCGUCGGGCGCACAGUUUACACUGUUGCCACUACUGGCCACCUCUCAGUUUGAUGCGACGCCUGGCAGUCUGGGGCAGCUGUUCGCUUCGUUGGCCAUAGUCAAUGUCAUUAUGUCGCAGCCCAGUGCGUAUUUCUCGGACACGUUUGGGCGCAAGACAUCGAUGGUACCUGGUACGAUGCUGGUCAGUGCAGCCAUAGGACUCACUCCCUUUGCUCAGAGCUGGGAACAACUCAUGGGCCUGGUGGUGAUGUGGGGCUUCGGAAAUUCAAUACUAGGGACUGCGCCCACGUCGUUUCUGGUGGACAUCACAAAGGACAGAGACAGAAGCGAUGCGUUGGCUCUGAUGCGGUCAGGUGGUGAUUUGGGCCUGUUGGUGGGCGCCACUGCAAGCGGUCUCAUAGCACACAGUUAUGGUGUAGGCACGGCUAUGGCGUGUAACUCUGUUCUAUUGGCCGCCACUUCCGUGUCCUUUGCGCUGGCAUCUACCGAACCGAAAUUCCAUCUCAAACAGGCAGGUAAGACACACCCGAGUACACGCAAGCCUGCAUCUACAACGCCACCGGCAACGCCUGUUGAAGAUAUAUCAGUCGUGACACAGACACACUCUCCAACCUCCAUGUUUCCCAAUGCCAGUUCUGUCGAGCGGCGUACACAGACCAAGAAGUAGCUAAGAUAUGAUAGUGUAGCUUAGAUAUAAUUUAUAUAAGCGGUCGAUUGGGGAAUUAGGAAAAGACCGAUAGGCGGGUCCUGGAGCGGUCAUAUACUUUUAUCUACUUAUAGAUCAACUCCCAGAACGCGUACCUGGGAGCUUUGUGCAGACAUUUGCAUCCGCUCAUACCCUCGUCAUGAGUGUGGCUUGGACGGCACGUGGCAUGAGUGUGGCCUGCUAUCAGAUGUAUUGCUGCUAUUGGCAGUUUGAGUGAGCACUUUAGAGACGUCUUCAAGGACAGGGGGCUGCCGAUACAGUUGGAGGUAGGAGCCACUUGUUGUGUGGUUGUCACGGGGUCUGCGAGCAAUUACCACGACCUAUGGAUUCACACAGAUGCGCGCUUUUGUCUGCCUACGUAGAGUUAAACAAAAAAAUCAAACUGACAUGCUCAGUGCAAGCGAUGCUCGUCCAGUCGUAUCAGAGUGAAGUGAAUGCCUCCCAAGGGAGGACGCGCACAAACGUAUAGUGUCAGGCGAUCUUGUGGCUGUAAUCAUUGUGCCUGUCUACACUACAACAAUGAUCAAAAUGAUCUUAGGUAUAGACUGCACAACAAUGAAUAAAAUGAUCGUAGUUAGAGACUCUACAACAAUGAUAAAAAUUAUC